CAUAACCUUAAUUUGCCGCAUAGAAAGUAUGUACGUUGCAUGCAGAUAUAUAAAUGUGAAAAAAAUAUAUAGUUUAAAGUGGCAAGUAAAUUAAAAGAGAUUGAUUAGUUAAAUGACUGAUAGUUAAUGCAAUAUUAAUAUGACGAACAAUGUUAGUGAUGAAUAAGUUUUUUGUUGCGAGGUGACAAUUGUUGUACAAGCAUCGUGUUAAUAAUUUUUGCAACUGUUUAUCGUUUAUGACAUCUUUUAAUUACGGUGACAAGUGUUUGUACAAAAACGCACAUAUUGUUUAUAUAUAUAUAAAAAUAAUACAGUUUAUAAUAGUGUGCAUUUUCGACAAUAAAACCUGAUAAAAUGAGUCUCAGAAUGAUUCAUAGGUUUGCAUUAUCAAAUUGUAGAAAUAGAUUUAAUAUUGAAGCAUAUUGGGGAAUUGUACCAAGUUUGAGAGUUUUGCAAAAAAAGCCAGUGGUAAUGCAGACAGAGUUUCCUACAUACAAUGUGUGUAUAAUUCAUAAGAGACUUUUUCACAGUUCUAUAAUUCUGCAGUUGCAAAAAAAUAAAUUGAAAGAAAAUGAAACUGAUAUAGGAAAUAUAUCUGCAUUACAAAUAAAAAAGAGACCGACUAGAAGAAAUAAAGUUGUAAUAAGCGAAGACAAGGCUGCAAAACCUGAUUCAUGGAAUGUAAAAGCUUUAGCUACAGCAGAAGAGUAUAAUUUGGAAGCUUUGGCUUAUGGUCUACUGGAUCAACAGUUGUAUAUUCCUAGUAAAAUAUCUACAUCUACAAAUUGUUGAAAUAAAUACAAUUGCUUCGGGAUUUGGUUGGCUAGGACCUGUAUCUACACAGUUACAUAAGUUUGUUUUGCAAGAAUUG